GUGGGUAUGUUUUUUUUUUAUUUAAAUAUUUCCAUUAAAAACUCCCAUUUUCUCUCAUCCCCGACCUCUCCCCGGUACUCCUGUCUCUCUCUCUCUCUUCCUCUAUUGUGCACUCCAAUUGUCGAUCCAGACGUCGAACGAGAACAGGAAGAAGACGAAGCAGAAGAAGAAUGAGAAGAGUCUUGGAACUCUAUUAAAUUAAUGCAAUAUCACGCGGUUGAAGGACUUGAUCUUGAAUUUUGCUCUUAGAUUUCUUAUUCGAUUGUUAUUUUUUAAAACCUUUUCUCGUCGAGUUCCGUUUUCCAAUUGCUCGCGAGAGUUUUAGGGUUAGGGCUUGCAGAAUGAAUUGUGUGUUUUGAUCCGAGGGUCUUCGACGGAGCUUCGAUUUCGAAGUGUUUAUACCACUACCCUAAGUGCCAUCAAGGUUGGUGGUUCCAGUUGUAUUAGUCCCUCUCCAGAGGCAAUGGGUUUGUGGACUUUACUGGAAGGCUUCCUGCUUCUUGCAAAUGCAUUUGCAAUAUUAAAUGAGGACCGCUUCCUUGCGCCGAGAGGGUGGAGCUUCUCAGAUUUCUCAGGAGGCAGGACAAAGUCUUUGAAGGGGCAGCUUAUAGGUCUCAUUUAUGCAGUCCAGUACUUGAGAGUUCCUCUUAUACUGCUAAACUCUAUCAGUAUUAUUUUAAAACUGGUUUCUGGGUGAUGUUUCAUCUGGCAAUGGACAGACAUCUGCAUGAUUAUUUUCUAUCGUUAUUGUGUUUCAUCUUGGUUGGUUACUAUGUAUUUUUUUAUUCUAAAGUAGUACCUUUUUAAGCUGGUUUUUGGGCCAUUUAGUCUUGGCUGUUAAUUGUUUCUCUGUACUUUCCACAUAUUUGAACUGGAGUGAAUUAAAAAUGCAGAUGAGUUUUGGCAAGACA